CAUUGCGAAGAGCUGCUGGUGAUAAAGCAAAGUGGUAGAUAAACUGUUACAGUACUGUACGAUAUUUUAGAAUCUCGGCCGGUGCACCGCUUUUCGAAAAAAACAUUAGAGGUGGCGCAUUAGUUCAGUUAAAGCGACUCCGUUGUUGCAUUGAAUGCUGUAUUAACAUUUUGUGGACCUGCAGCAUAAAAUUGAGCUGAUUGAUUGUCAUUAAUUUUGUUAGCAACCGCUCUACGUUUGUGCAGCUGGCAGCAGAUUACUGCGCAACAACACUUAAGCCAUCCGCACCAUGGGUAAAUUCGGAUUAUGUGUUCUUCUCCUGCAUCUGAGCGCGUUGUCAGUAUGGGGACAAAAUGAAGCCGGUACUUGUCCGGCGCCCGGUCAGCCGGGAUACACGGUGGGAUGCAAUUCCAAGACUGCCAGCAUGGAGCAGUUCCGGGCGAAGAGCAUCGGUCCAGAUGACAUUUUGACCACCAAUCAGGGUGUGGAGAUUGCUGACAAUCAGAACUCUCUGAAGGCCGGCAGCCGCGGACCAACUUUGUUGGAAGAUUUUAUCAUGCGGGAAAAGAUCACCCACUUCGAUCACGAAAGGAUACCAGAGCGUGUUGUGCACGCGCGUGGCGAAGGCGCUCACGGUUAUUUCCAGGUGUACUCGUCGCUGGCCAACAUUACCAAAGCCAAAUUCCUCCAGGAUCCUAACGUGCAGACGCCGGUGUUUGUGCGCUUCUCCACGGUGGGAGGCAGCCGCGGGUCAGCUGAUACUGUGCGAGAUAUCCGUGGUUUUGCCACCAAAUUUUACACGGAAGAAGGCAACUUCGAUAUUGUCGGCAACAAUGCACCGGUGUUUUUCAUUCAGGACGCCAUCAAAUUUCCAGAUUUCGUCCACUCAGUCAAGCCGGAACCGCACAAUGAAAUCCCUCAAGCCUCGUCCGCUCAUGAUAACCUGUGGGAUUUCGUUGGUCAGCAACCGGAAACAAUGCACGCCAUUAUGUGGCUGAUGAGUGACCGUGCCAUUCCGCGAUCACUGUCCAUGAUGGAAGGCUUUGGCGUCCACACUUUCCGCUUAAUCAAUGCCGACGGUGUUUCCCGCUUUGUGAAAUUCCACUGGAAACCCAAACUGGGUGUUCACUCACUGGUGUGGGACGAAGCCCAGAAAUUGGCCGGCAAAGACUCCGAUUUCAACCGUCGUGAACUGUGGGAAGACAUUGAAGCCGGUAAUUUCCCAGAAUGGGAGCUGGGCCUCCAGGUCGUUGAAGAGGGCGAUGAACUGAAAUUCGAUUUUGACCUUUUGGACCCCACCAAGAUCAUUCCCGAAGAACUGGUGCCGGUGCAGCGCGUUGGCAAAAUGGUACUGAACCGUAAUCCGGAUAAUUUCUUCGCCGAAACCGAACAGGUGGCGUUCUGUGUGGCGAACAUUGUUCCCGGUAUUGACUUCACCAACGAUCCCUUGAUGCAAGGUCGCCUGUUCUCGUACCUGGACACCCAAUUAUCGCGCUUGGGCGGACCCAAUUUCCACGAAAUCCCCAUUAAUCGUCCAGUGUGCCCCUUCCGUAACAACAACCAGCGCGACGCCAUGCAUCGUACAACCAUCAACGUCGGCAAAACCAACUACGACAUCAACACCCGCAACAAUGGACUGCCUAAGCAAGCGCCAUCGGGCAGCGGUUUCUCCAGCUACCAUCAGCAAAUGGACGGAGCCAAACUCCGCCAGCGCAGUCAGUCGUUUUCAGACCACUACUCACAGGCUACCCUCUUCUGGCAGAGCAUCUCCCAACCGGAACAGGACCAUCUGGUGUCGGCCUUCUCCUUCGAGCUGAGCAAACUCGAAGCGGAUGCCAUCCGCAUCCAAGUCCUGACCAAUCUGCAGAAUAUCGACGCCCAGUUGGCCAAACGCGUCGCCGAUAAUCUCGGCAUGCCGCUGCCGCCCAAAGAACAGAAUGCAUAUCCCAAACCCGUCACGCCCUCACCGGCUCUUAACCAAGCCACUACGGCGAAGACCAGCAUCGAGACACGGCGGAUUGCCAUUCUGGCGGCGGACGGCGUGGACGGGCAGUCCGUGGAGGAUAUUAAAGCCUGGGCAGCUGAGAAUAAAGCCAAAGCCAAGGUCAUUGCCCCGCAUGCCGGCAAGUUGCGGUCGGCAACCGGACAAGACAUCCAAGUGGACGGCACCAUUGUGGCCAAUCCGUCCAUCUUGUUCGAUGCCUUGUUAAUUCCCGGUGGUAAUCAGAGUAUUAAGACGCUGCAGGAAGAUGGCGGAGCGGUGCAUUACGCUUUGGAAGCCUAUGUGCAUUACAAGCCCAUCGCCGCGGCGGCGGAAGGAGGCGAUUUUCUGGCUCACAUUGGGCUGAUUCCCCGGCUUAAACAUCGUGACCUUCCGGAAGGGAUGAUCGUUGCCGAAAAUGUUGACGAUGGCUUCAAGCAACAGUUUUACAAUUACAUCGCACAGCACAGAUUUUUCAAUCGCCAGCGCGUCAAAGCCAUUCCAGCCUAAAUUGCCGCCUUUUUAGAAAUUGAAGUAUUGUUUUUUUUUGUUAAAAUAAUGAUAUUCAUCAGUGUUAUCUAUGCAGUGUAUGAUACUAAAAAACACGUCGGUCG